AUGGAGCUAAAGAGCAUCAAGGAUGCGUUUGAUCGUGUCGCAAACAAGCAGAAACUCUCCUAUACCAAAACGAACGAGAUUGUUCAAAUGGUGUCUCAAGAAAUCGACAAGGCCUUGAGCAUAUUAAAGGACUCAUCAUCACCAUAUCCCACUCCGCUUGAUCACAGAUCGAUCCUCGCCGGUGUGAAGAAGACGUUCGCAGAGAACUCCCCGGUGAACCAACUCGAAGCCGCCGAGAAAGAACUCAACGUGGCUCUCACCAAGUACCCUAAAGUCCUCGAGAAGCAACUCAACACCGACAUAGCAAAGGCGUACAGAAACAACGUCGAGUUCGACACGCACAUCGUGAACCAGAUCAUCGCAAACUUCUUCUACCGUCAAGGAAUGUUCGACAUCGGCGACUGUUUCGUCGCCGAGACCGGUGAAUCCGAGUGCUCCACGAGAAAGUCUUUCUUGGAGAUGCAUCAGAUACUAGAAGCCAUGAAGAGGAGAGAUCUUGCGCCGGCUCUUAACUGGGCAAUCUCAAACUCUGAGAAGCUAAAGCAGGCAAGGUCUGAUCUCGAGAUGAAGCUUCACAGCUUACACUUCUUGGAGAUAGCUCAAGAUCAGAACUCGCAAGAAGCCAUCAUUUACGCGAGGAAACAUUUCGAGAGAUUUUUAGAGAGCUUUCCAGAGACCCAGAAGCUCGUCUGUUCUCUGUUGUGGAACAGGAAUCUAGAGAAAUCUCCUUACUCGGAGUUUCUCUCUCCGGCGCUGUGGAACAAUGCGGCCAGAGAGCUAACCAGACAAUACUGCAACCUGCUCGGCGAAUCGAGUGAAAGUCCGUUGAGUAUAACGGUGACGGCGGGUACACAGACUCUGCCUGUGCUGUUGAAGUACAUGAACGUGAUGGCGAAUAAGAAGCUUGAUUGGCAGAGUAUGGAGCAGCUUCCUGUGGCUGUGGAGCUAUCUGAGGAGUUUCAGUUCCAUUCGGUGUUUGUUUGUCCAGUCUCAAAGGAACAGUCGAGUGAUGAGAAUCCUCCGAUGAUGAUGUCAUGUGGACACGUGCUUUGCAAGCAGACGAUCAACAAAAUGUCCAAGAAUGGAUCUAAGUCGUCUUUCAAGUGUCCUUAUUGCCCUACCGAUGUAGACAUCUCAAGGUGUAGGCAGUUGCACUUUUGA